UACUAUAUAAUCCUUUUGUAUUUAAACAGAUCUGCAAUGGAAGUUAGGAUGCAUAAAUAUCUUUGUAUUACCUUGAUAACCGUUUGGCUGCAUGUUGUUGCUGGAGUCAGCGUUAUAAACCGAGUUGACUUCAAUUCCCCAACAAACUGUACAUUGAUUGACAGCAAUAAAAGCAAUGAGACGUGGGUCGUUUAUAGGGGUUGGCCUUACUCGAUUAAUUGCGAGAACUUUGAGAUUGAACUCGAAGAUGAUUCCGUAUUCACGUGCAUCAUAUGGGACAUGGAUAGUCACGUGGUUCUUCUAAACCAAACGGGCGACUUCGACGACGCAUUAUAUUACAACUAUGAAAACCCAGACACGCAAGCCAGUUCACCUGUCAAUUUUAUUCUACAAGGAAAAGGCGCUGACACCAAUAAAUGUUACUACAGUGAGCUGCACAUCGUUAUAGCCGAGAGCCCCAAAGAAACUUGCGAGGAUAGUUUUAAAAUCGAAACUUCUUCCAAAACAAGGGGUUCUGUCGGUCAACGACAAAUUUUUAGCUGCGAAGUUCCCGGUUCCCUGAAUUCGCCACUUGGACCAACAGCAGCGAAGAGCAUGAAUGGGACUUGGUUUCGUAAUUGCUCAGCAAUUCCUCCCAAUGCGAUCAUACUGCAAGGAUCGGAAGGCAGUGUUAAUAAGCUCAGUAUACCGAAUUUUUCCUACGACGACGCUGGUGUAUAUACUUGUCUGGUUACCUACAACGGACUUCAACGUUACGUUGUGCACUACACAAUAUGCGCGAGACCCGCUACAUUCCCGAACACGCAACCCAGCACCCACUGUAAGCAUUCUCUCUACUCUGCUACCAUUGGUGAAAACAUCACUAUAGAAUGUCAAGUCAACUUGGGCAACGGCCGUCGACCGACUUCAACAACGCUUACUAUGCGAUGGAGCCAAUCUAACGUAUGGAUAUAAUAUGUGUAGUGGGGUGGGG